CUCUACACCUUGUUAUCUCAGGUACAAGGGAGUUUGACAUGGUUGAAUGGCAUUGAUUUUAAUGCUACAAGUUUGACAACAAGGCAGAUGAGUUAAUGAUACAAAUUAAAACAUGGGGGCAUGAUGACAUUGCUGUCACUGAGACAUGGUUGAGAGAGAGGCAGGAUUGGACCCAGAAUCUUCAUUUGAGACAGCGAAGGAGGCAAAAGAGGAGUAGGUGUCACAAUUACAUUCAGGGAAUUUGUUGCACCAAUAAGAAGAGAUGACAUCUUGGAAAACUCCUGAAAUAAACCUAUAUGAAUAGAAGUAGAAGAGCUGGUCAGGAGGCAAAUUUUCGGGAAGUGUAAACGUGAUAAGGUUGUAAUUACAGGGGAUUUCAACUUCCCCAACAUUAACUGUGGUCAUCAUACUCUGAAAGUUUUAGAUGAACUUUUAAAAUAGAUAAAAAAUGGCUUUUAAGCCAAAAUGUAGAAGUCCCAAUAAGGACAGGGGAAGUCCUGGACUUUAGGUAAUAAAGACGGACAGGUUAGUGAAGUAUCAGUGUGGGAGCAUUUUGUAGAUAGUUAUCAGAACUCUUUUUGAAAGAUUCAGGGUUGUUAUGGAAAGGGACAAGAAUGGCCUUCAAAUCAAAGUUCCAAAUUGGUUGAUUUAGUAAGACCAGAAAUGACUUGGCGAGAGGGAGCAAGGAACAGACACUUUCACCUAAAUGAGCAAGAGGGAAUUUUAAUGGGGAGAUAUGGAAAGCUACAAGGGGAACAUGAAUUGAUAUAGCCAGGUAAAAUAAAGGAAAAUGCUCAGUUGUUUUACAGAUACCUUAACGGUUCAAGGGUAAGGGGGGAAACAGUAAAGCCCAUAUAGGACUGCAGUGGAAACUGUGCGUGGAACCACAGGAUGAAGGUCUUUUUUUUUCUGGAAUGGUCCUAAAUGAAUACUUUGUGUCAGUGUUCACUAGUGAGAGAGACGAUUCAGGGAUAGAAUUUAAAGAAAUUAGCACAAAGAGAGAGAAGGUUUUGCGUAGUCUGAGGGACAGAAUUAAUUUACAUCAGAAAGGCUGGUAUUAAUCAAGAAUAGUCAACACGCAUUUUCAAGGAGAGUUCAUGCCUGACCAACUUGAUUCAAUUUUUUAAUGAGGUGUGGCAAUCGGGCAAUGCUUUUGAUGUAGUCUGUUGAUGUCAGCCAGGCUUUUGAUAAGGUCCCACAUGGGAGACUGAUAGCAAAGGUAAUAGCCCAUGGAAUCCACUGAAAUUUAGCAAAUUUAAUCCACUGUCAGCUGAGUGGCAGAAUUCAGAGGGUAAUGUUCGAUGGGUGUUUUUUGACUGACUGGAAGUCUGUGUCCAAAGGGGUCCCACAGUGGUCAGUGUUGAGCCUUUGCUGUUUUUGGUUUGUAUAAAUGAUUUAGAAUUGAAUGGUUAAUCAGUUAGUUUGCAGAUGAUACAAAUGGGUGGUAAAUAGUUAGGAGGGUAUCCUUAACUUACAGGAGGAUUUAUAGAGGCUGAUCAGAUUGGCUGAUCAGUUGUUAAUAGAAUUCAAUCUGGAUCAGCAAGAAGUGACAUAUUUGGACAGGGGAAUUGGUCAUUGCAUUUGGCUGUUAACCAAAAGAUUGAUGUUUUGUAGAUCAGCUGGUGAGGGAAGUCUAUUUCAUUGUUUACAUCAGUGUACUAUGUGACACAGACCUGGUUUUAUUUGCAAGACAAUUUCGACUAAUGUUGCUCGCUCCACAGUUAGACCUCAAAAGACAUUUUCUAACGCAUGGUGUUACAAAUUGUGAAGAAGGAAAAUUGAUUUUUGGGCUUAUUUGCUAAUUAAUGUACUACCCUUUAAAUCCUGUCCAUCUCCGAUAGAAGUCCUAUUGUUGUGAACAUGAGUGAAAAGGCCACUCUUAGCCAGGCAAAUAAAUAUGUGAAGUUGAGAACAAAUAGUGACUGUAAAUUUAAGAGACAUACCUGAACCAAACUUUCCGGAGCAUGCUCCCUCCCUGGAUUCAUUUUCUCUCCCUACAGUUGCUGCGCGUAAACAGUAUCCACCCCCCACCCCCUCUCACAGGCUGAGACAAGAAAUUUAAAGGAGUGGCGGAGACAUUGCUUUGUUCCCAGAUGUUGCGCAAAGCAGCAAGUCUCACUCUGAGGACAACAUUGCGUUGUGAAGUUCACAGUGGAGGGGUGGGGCUUGUCUGAAACAGCCACUAGAAAUCGCUGAGCGUGUCGGGGACGUCUUCAGGUUCCAGACAGCAGGCCAGGCGCUCGGAUACGAGAGCCUCGCCCCCAUCCAUUGUUUCUUCUGCCCCCUCCUGGAGCCAAGGUUUCCAGGGCAACCGGCUGCGAGAUCGGGCCAGAGCCAAAGCUGCCCUUCCCCCUCCGCUCCCAGGGCUGCUGCUCCAAAAAGAGACAGAUUGAGCUCGACCGCUGGCGGCAGUGGCACUGCGCCUGACCCAGACAGUGGGCCCGCAUGGUUUUGCGCUGCCCUCCAGCUAAUGAUUGGGGGAGGGGAGAAUAGUUUAGAAAACUGCUUCCUUUCAUUUUCCACCAGGUUAUGCAACAGCACUGGGUUUGUGCAUUUUCUUUGGAAAGAAGAACCGGACCAAGUGCUGAAAAAGUCAUUGGAUGAAUCAGAAGUUUCACAGAGUUUUUAGGAAGUUUUUCAGUCAAGAAACUAAACUCGAGCAUUACGUCAGGAUCUGAGAGAGUUGCCAAACAUAUCACAACCUGAAUGUCACUCAAUGUUGAACAUGGAAGGAGAAAGCACCUUAUGCAGCGGGGAGAAACCAUACACUGGUUCAAUGUGUGAACAAGUCUUUAACCAUUCAACUGGCCUGUCAGAAAAUAAACAUAUUCAUACUGAUGAGAAGCCUUGGAAAUGUGGGCACUGUGGGAAAGCAUUCUUUCAUCCAUCAAAGCUGAAAAUUCAUCGGCGUAGUCACACUGGAGAGAGGCCAUUCACCUGUUCUGAGUGUGGGGAGGGAUUCACUCAGUCAUCUACCCUGUUGAUACACCAGAGAGUUCACACUGGGGAGAAACCAUUCACCUGCUCUGAAUGUGGGAAAGGAUUCACUCAAUCAUCCACCCUGCUGAGACACCAGAGAGUUCACACUGGGAAAAGGCCAUUCACCUGCACAGAGUGUGGGAAGACGUUUAUCAAUUCAUCAAACCUGGUGACACACCAGCGAGUUCACACUGAGGAGAGACCUUUUAAAUGCCCAGUCUGUGGGAAGUGCUACAAAAGUUCUGGGGAGCUGAUGCUCCAUCAACGUGUUCACACUGAUGAGAGACCAUUCAGGUGCUCUGACUGUGGAGCUGCAUUUAAACGAUCAUCUUACCUCACUGUACACCAUCGUGUUCACACUAGGGAAAAGUCAUUCACCUGCUCUGACUGUGGGAAGGGCUUCUCUCAGUCAUCCCACCUGUUAAUACACCAGCGUGUUCACACGGGGGAGAAGCCCUUUACCUGCUCUGACUGUGGAAAGGGAUUCAGUCAAUCAUCCCACCUGCUGAGACACCAGCACAUUCACACUGGAGAAAAGCCAUUCACCUGUCCCAGUUGUGGGAAGGGAUUCACACAGGUGUCACAUCUGCUAAGUCACCAGAGAAUUCACAACUAACCACAAUGAUUGGAUUUUAUUCUUAAUCACAUCUCAAAAUGGACUAUGUUCAUUGCUGUCUGUUUCUGCUGAUGUUAAUAACCACCUGUCUAGUCAUAUGUUAAUCUAGAUAAAUGUCAAAUAAAGCAGCUUUGUGUAAAA